ACAAGCCAACCAACUUGCAAAACCAAAGUGCCAAACUACACCUUUUGUAGCCAACCAUAAACUGUAAGCAUUUAGACAGAAGCAUUAAUGGCAGACUUAGAUCUUCCAGGUUUCAGGUUCCAUCCCACAGAGGAAGAACUCCUCAAUUUCUACCUGAAAAAAGUUGUCUUUGGUCAUAAGCUUCAUUUCGACAUCAUUGGUUUCCUCAACAUUUAUCGUCAUGAUCCUUGGGAAUUACCUGGGUUGGCUAAAAUUGGAGAAAGAGAAUGGUACUUCUAUGUUCCUAGAGACAGAAAGCAAGGUCCUUCAGGUGCCGGUAGGCCAAAUCGAACGACACUGAAUGGAUUUUGGAAGGCAACUGGUUCUGACCGUACCAUACGGUGCUUAACGGAUCCGAAAAAGAUUUUGGGAUUAAGGAAGACUCUUGUUUUCUACAACGGCAGAGCACCAAGGGGAUCUAAAACUGAUUGGGUCAUGAAUGAAUAUAGACUGACGCCCCAAAAUUGUUCUUCUUCCAAGGAAGAUAUAGUGUUAUGUAAGAUUUACAGAAAAGCUACGUCUUUGAAAGUACUGGAACAAAGGGCAGCCAUGGAGGAAGAAGAGAUGGAACAGAGGGCUGCCAUGGAGGAAGAAGAGAUGUUUAAAUCAUCCACAUCGUCACCACAAGACUCAUAUAUGUCUGCAUCAUUAAUGGAGUCUGAAAUCAAUAUAUUUUGUAAGGGUGUUAGUAAUGAAGAAGACCAAGACCAACAACACGAUCAUGAACAAGAGCAAGAACAGGAACAGGAACAAGAACAAGAACAAGAGUUGAUCAAGGAGGAACAUGUUGAGGGUGUUCAAGAAGUAAUAUUGGUCAACAAAGAAGCUGAAACAUGUGCUGCUUCAAUGUCUAAACCAUCACUAACCCUCGUGAACGAUAAAUUCUUGCCCCAGCUUCAAUUGCCUGGUAAAAUUAGCAACAACUUGGAUUGGAUGCAAGAUCCUUUCUUUACUCAGAUACGUAGCCCUUGGUUAGACAAUUGGAUGACACCUACUUAUGCCAACUUACUACUUUAACUGCGUACAAUCCUACCAUAUUUUUACCAUAUCUAUUGGUAUAUGUUUAGCGUCAUAAUUAGGGAUUUUUGGUUGAUGCAUGAAAGUUAGAAACCUGUAUUAAGGCGAGUUAUAUAUAUGAAGCUGAAACCGUUAACUGUGUCAUUUUUUUCAAGUCUAACCAUGUCAAGACUUGUUAAUUAGAGGUACUGCUUACUACUACUAGUAUUAUUCCCAUCUUUAUGGCCUUUUUUAUUGUCAUUCACAGCGUGUCUACGAAACAUGAGAAAGUCUUGUAAAGUAGCGUUCUGGUGCAAUGUAAUUGUAAUGAAUAAUUAAGCUGUGAUGCUUUUAAUAAAUUCAAGUAUUAAUUUCAGGUUA